GGAAAAGGUCAACUCCCAUGAACCCUGCAAGUACAAUUCGAAAGACACACAGCAGCAGCAGUGUUUCUCAACGGCCAUACAGGGACAGGGUGAUUCACUUACUGGCACUGAAGGCCUACAAGAAACCUGAGCUGCUUGCUAGAUUGCAGAAAGAUGGCGUCAAUCAAAAAGACAAGAACUCCCUCGGAGCAAUUCUGCAACAGAAAACUAAAUCCAUCUCAGAAUGCUGCUGGCACCAGCCGUUCAGAAUCUCCCUUAUGUUCUAGUAGAAACGCUGCAUCUUCUCCUUCUCAGAAACGACUUUUGGAUUCCGAUUUCAUUGAUCCUUUAAUGAAUAAAAAAGCUCGAAUAUCUCACCUGACAAAUAGAGUACCACCAACAUUAAAUGAUCAUUUGAAUCCCACCAGUGAAAAGUCUGCUGCGGGUCUCCCACUGCCCUCUGCAGCUGCUGCCAUCCCCACCGCUCCACCGCUGCCUUCAACCCACCUGCCCGUCUCAAAUCCUCCUCAGACUGUAAUUUCUAACUCCAAUUCCCCUAGCACUCCAGAAGGCCGGGGGACUCAAGACCUACCAGUUGACAGUUUUAGUCAAAACGGUAGUAUCUAUGAGGACCAACAAGACAAAUAUACCUCUAGGACUUCCCUGGAAACCUUACCCCCUGGUUCAGUUCUACUAAAGUGUCCAAAGCCUAUGGAAGAAAACCAUUCAAUAUCUCACAAAAAGUCCAAAAAGAAAUCUAAAAAACACAAGGAAAAGGACCAAAUAAAAAAGCAUGACAUUGAGACUGUUGAGGAAAAGGAGGAGGACCUUAAAAGAGAAGAGGAAAUUGCCAAGCUAAAUAACUCCAGUCCAAAUUCCAAUGAAGGAGUUAAAGAGAGUUGCACUGCCUCUAUGGAGCCUUCUUCAACAAUUGAACUCCCAGAUUAUUUGAUAAAAUAUAUUGCUAUUGUCUCCUAUGAGCAACGCCAGAAUUACAAGGAUGACUUCAAUGCUGAAUAUGAUGAGUACAGGGCCUUGCAUGCCAGGAUGGAGACUGUAGCUAGCAGAUUUAUCAAACUGGAUGCACAACGAAAGCGCCUUUCUCCAGGCUCAAAGGAGUAUCAGAAUGUUCAUGAAGAAGUUUUACAAGAAUAUCAGAAGAUCAAGCAGUCUAGUCCCAAUUACCAUGAAGAAAAAUAUAGAUGUGAGUAUCUUCAUAACAAGCUGGCUCACAUCAAAAGACUAAUAGGUGAAUUUGACCAACAGCAAGCAGAGUCAUGGCACUAAAACUCUGCUGGGACCAGAAGAUGUGAAUAAACUUAAGCUUAUUUAUUUAAAAUUCCAAAUGAGUUGCUCUAAGAUUCUAAAAAGAUGAAACUUUGCCUGUUGAAAGUUUCAGUAUUAGUAAACUUGAGUUCUUUUUUUUUU